GGCGCUUUCAUCUACGAGUUUGGCGAUCAUGGGGGCCUCAUCGUCAUGGCGGACGACCUGAAAAAGACGGGCGAGGUGGUCUUCACCUGGAACGAGGGCGAGUCGUGGUACGACUUCAAGGUGUCAAACACGCCCUUUGAGGUGGACAACAUCAUCACUGAGCCCAACCUCACUGCCACAACUUUCGUGAUGUUCGGCACGCGAGAG